AUGGAGGACGGCGGCGGCGGAGGCAGCAGCAGUUGCCAGAGGCGGUCUCAGUCUGGGGGAGGGCCGGGCCCCGGCGGCGGGGACGACAAGCCGGCGGCACUGUGGAGCAAGGACAAGAAGGACCCCAACGCCUCGGUGGGGGACAAGGAGCAGGAGCUGUCUGAAGAAGACAAACAGUUACAGGAUGAGCUGGAGAUGCUUGUGGAGCGCUUGGGGGAGCAUGACACCGCUCUCUAUCGACCUGCUCUGGAAGAGCUGCGCAGGCAGAUCCGCUCUUCCACAACCUCCAUGACUUCUGUACCCAAACCCCUGAAGUUUCUGCGGCCACAUUAUGGCAAGCUGAAGGAGAUCUAUGAGGCUAUGGCUGCUGGGGAGAACAAGCGAUUUGCAGCUGACAUAAUAUCAGUUUUGGCCAUGACAAUGAGUGGAGAGCGAGAGUGUCUGAAGUACCGGCUGGUAGGAUCCCAGGAACCCUUGGCCUCGUGGGGGCAUGAAUAUGUCAGACACUUGGCUGGUGAGGUGGCCAAGGAAUGGCAAGAAAUAGAUGAGGCAGACAAGACCCAGAAGGACUCUCUUCUGACCCUAGUGAAGGAGAUCGUGCCAUACAACAUGGCACACAAUGCAGAGCACGAGGCCUGUGACUUGCUUAUGGAGAUUGAGCAGAUGGACAUGCUGGAGGAAUAUAUUGAUGACAACGCCUAUGCGAAAGUCUGCCUCUAUCUGACAAGCUGUGUUAGCUAUGUCCCUGAGCCGGAAAACUCUGCCCUCCUCCGCUGUGCCCUCAGCAUCUUCCGAAAAUUCAAUCGCUACCCAGAAGCCCUGCGCCUGGCUCUCAUGCUGAAUGACAUGGAACUGGCAGAGAACAUCUUCAUCUCCUGCAAAGAUGUGGUUGUUCAAAAGCAAAUGGCCUUCAUGCUGGGUCGCCAUGGAGUCUUUCUGGAGCUAAGUGAGGAUGUAGAAGAGUAUGAGGAUCUCACAGAAAUCAUGUCUAAUGUCCAACUCAACAGCAACUUUCUGGCCCUAGCCAGGGAGCUGGACAUCAUGGAGCCAAAAGUGCCAGAUGAUAUUUACAAAACCCAUCUUGAAAACAACCGGUUUGGCGGCAGCGGCUCUCAAGUGGAUUCGGCUCGCAUGAACUUGGCCUCGUCCUUUGUUAACGGUUUUGUGAAUGCUGCUUUUGGGCAGGACAAGCUGCUGACAGAUGACGGCAACAAGUGGCUGUACAAGAACAAGGACCAUGGGAUGCUGAGCGCUGCAGCCUCGCUGGGGAUGAUCCUGUUGUGGGAUGUGGAUGGGGGACUUACACAGAUUGACAAGUACCUGUAUUCCUCAGAAGACUACAUCAAGUCGGGGGCUCUUCUGGCUUGUGGUAUCGUGAACUCUGGCGUGAGGAACGAGUGUGACCCUGCCCUUGCGUUGCUCUCGGACUAUGUCCUGCACAAUAGCAACACCAUGAGGAUAGGCGCCAUCUUUGGGCUGGGGUUGGCGUAUGCUGGCUCCAAUCGAGAAGAUGUCCUGACCUUGCUGCUUCCUGUAAUGGGAGAUUCCAAGUCCAACAUGGAGGUGGCCGGUGUGACAGCCCUGGCUUGCGGAAUGAUUGCUGUGGGCUCAUGCAAUGGAGAUGUUACCUCCACCAUCCUCCAAACCAUCAUGGAGAAAUCUGAGACGGAGCUGAAGGACACUUAUGCCAGAUGGCUACCUCUUGGCUUGGGCUUGAACCACCUUGGAAAGGGUGAGGCCAUUGAAGCAAUCCUGGCAGCACUGCAGGUCGUGUCGGAGCCCUUCCGCAGCUUUGCCAACACGCUGGUAGACAUCUGUGCCUAUGCAGGAUCCGGCAAUGUGCUGAAGGUGCAACAGCUUCUCCACAUCUGUAGUGAGCAUUUUGACUCCAAAGAGAAGGAAGAAGAGAAAGAGAAGAAAGAGAAAAAGGACAAGGAGAAAAAAGAGAACUCUGCCGACAUGGGGGCCCAUCAGGGUGUAGCGGUACUGGGGAUUGCACUCAUCGCUAUGGGGGAAGAGAUUGGGGCCGAGAUGGCUCUGCGCACCUUCGGUCACUUGUUGCGGUAUGGGGAACCCACUCUUCGCCGAGCUGUCCCCUUAGCCCUGGCCCUCAUCUCUGUGUCUAACCCCCGUCUCAACAUCCUCGACACCCUCAGCAAGUUUUCCCAUGAUGCUGACCCAGAAGUGUCCUACAACUCUAUCUUUGCCAUGGGCAUGGUAGGCAGCGGUACCAAUAAUGCCCGCCUGGCUGCGAUGCUUCGACAGUUGGCACAGUAUCAUGCCAAGGAUCCCAAUAACCUCUUCAUGGUGCGGUUGGCCCAGGGCCUGACACACCUUGGGAAAGGGACCCUCACUCUCUGUCCUUACCACAGUGAUCGGCAGCUCAUGAGCCAGGUAGCUGUGGCAGGCUUGUUGACUGUGCUGGUGUCCUUCCUGGAUGUCCGUAACAUAAUUUUGGGGAAGUCCCACUAUGUACUGUAUGGCCUUGUGGCUGCCAUGCAGCCACGCAUGCUUGUUACCUUUGACGAGGAGUUGCGCCCCCUGCCAGUGUCUGUGAGAGUGGGGCAGGCGGUGGAUGUGGUGGGCCAGGCAGGCAAACCGAAGACUAUCACUGGCUUCCAGACCCACACAACACCAGUGCUGCUGGCCCAUGGUGAGCGGGCAGAGCUGGCCACAGAGGAGCACUUGCCAGUGACACCCAUUCUGGAGGGCUUUGUUAUUCUUCGCAAGAAUCCCAACUAUGAUGUCUGAAUUGCCUGAGGUUUUGGGGUGGGGUGGGAGUGGGAAGUAUGAUGCGGCACUGUGAGGAGGGACUAGCCUCCUCCAUCUUUUUUGUUACAGAAGGAGCUCUUCUUAGGAAAAUAAAUUGACCGGAGUUAAUUUGG